AUGGUGACCAGAAGGCUGGGCCUGAGCUCCCUCUUCCAUGGCAAGGCAAGGGACACUUCCUUACCACCACCGCCUCCUCCCGCUACCGCCGGCCCGGCUGCAUGGCCAUGGCCGUCCAGCAAGAACCCAAGAGCGCAGUCCACCCGCGCCGCGCAGCCGCAGGCGGCAUGCGCCGCCAGGACCACCAUCGCCUCCAUCGUCCUCGACUCCACCGAGUCCUCCUUCACGGCCUCCUCCGCGCGGCAGGACUGCUGCUCUGACAGCCUCUCCACGGCGUCCGAGGCGUCGGCGGCGGCGUGCGACGACGCGGCGGACGACGCCGUCGUGCGCGGGGUCCGCUCCGACCGGCUCCUCUUCGACCCAGGUGCGUCGGCCACCAACUCCAUCCUCGAAGAGAAGUCCGCCGCCGCCUGCGCGGGCGCCAAACAGGAGGAGGAGGAGGAGGAGGAGGCUUUCGGCGGCGCCGUGGCGGUCGCGUUCGAGUCCGCGGACCCGUACGCGGAUUUCCGGGCGUCCAUGGAGGAGAUGGUGGCCGCGCACGGGAUCGGCGACUGGGGCUGGGUGGAGGAGAUGCUCGGCUGGUACCUGCGAGCCAACGACGUGGACACGCACUGCGCCAUCGUGGCCGCGUUCAUCGACGUCGUCGUCGACAUAGCCGACCCGGCUCGCGAGGCGUGCUCUUCGGAGGCCUCAUCUUGCACGUUUGCGACGGGAGAGUUGGAUGUGGCGGAGAAGGGCAACCCCGCUGCAGUGUUCACCGUGUCAUGUUUGGAUUAA